AUGAUCUCUAUCAAGCAACUAUUCAAGAUUUUUACGCUACUGGCCUGUUUCGUGGCCAUUGCUGUUGCAAAGAAGGAGGAGGAGGAUCCUACCGGACAAGCCAUCAAGGACCUCAAGCUUGGCAUGGCCGGAAUCAAAGAAGCGGCCAACAACCCUGAACUUCUAGCACAAUUGAUGCAAGAUCUACAAAACCCUGAAUUGAUGGCGGAAGCAAAGAAAAUGAUGGAAAGUCCAGAAUACCAAAAGCAAAUGAAGCAAUGGGCCAACUCGGCCGAUUUCAAGGACGCUGCAAAGCAGGCCACAGACUUUAUGAAGGACCCCGCAAAGGCAGCCGAAAUGGAAGCAAAGAUGGAGCACAUGAUGAAGGUUGGAGCCGAUCAACUCAAGGCAAACUCUGGAAAGACCAUGGAAGAUGCCAUGGCCGCCAUGGCAGACCCUGCAGUUUUGUCACAGAUGACACAAAUGAUCAAGGACCCAAGCUUCCAAGCCAACUUGGCACAAAUGGCAAAGGACCCCACAUUCAAGCAAUACAUUGAUUCAUUGCAAGACAUGAUGAAGGACCCUAGCAAGAGAGCACAAUUCGAAAAGUUGGGAGCACAAAUCCGAUCUGAAUUGUAA